CUGUGUUGAUGGAUCAGCUUGUGGCUUGCUCUCAAAUACUGCUGUGUUAAGCUGUACUUCAGUGGUGUAGCGUGUCAGUGCAAGAGGAGUUUCCCAUAUGCAGGAGCUCAGCAAAACAGGUUAUGGAGCACAUUUACACAGAUAAAUAAAAAAGAGAAAUGCUAGUUUUACAGCAGUGUCAUGUCCUCGGGGAAAUAAUCGGGAUGGUACACAAAUGCAUUAUUAGAGGAACCUGCUGUAAUUUGAGCUUCUGAUCAACCAAACUUUCUUCAGUUGAGACUCCUCCCUUGUUUUUCCAAUUUGAGGUGUUGAUAUCAUCUUAAUCACACACCAGGAGUUGUACUUCAGACUUCCAAAGUGAGUUCAUGAUAUGGAUAAAAUGGAAAGUGUAGGCCAGGAGUCCAGAGCUGAACGGAUAGCUCGCUACAAAGCAGAGAGACGCAGAGAGCUGGCCGAGCGUUACGGCAGCCAGGAAGAGGAGCUUCCAUCGAAGUGGUCGAGAAGAGAGAGGGAAGGACGCGGCGUCCGUGACUCUACCUAUGUGGAUAAGUCUGUUUCGGGAGGAGUGAAUGGAGGGAUGGGGAGGAAUGGAAAAACACCACUGGAAGAGAGGCCUGUUCCUGAAAAGAUCUCCAAUGGGUGUAAGGUGAACACCCGUGGAGAGAACACACACCAAAACAGGGAAAGUUUGUUGGGCUCGUCUGGUACAGUGGCUGGGGAAAACCCUCCAGACUCCCAUGGGCCCUCAACCCCUGACACUCCUCAGUUACACACUCAUGUAUCAGUAGGCCAGCUGAAGAACGCUCUUCUACAGCAAACCUCGAGCCCAGCUCCGUCUGAUAGAGUAGCCACUGAUGGUGGCGUGGUGGCCUUGACUCUUGACCUCGCAGCUCAACCAGCUGCCGAAGGAAGUCGUCGGCGUGCCCGUCGAUACAUGCCAGGGGAUGCUGCAGGGAGCCGCAAAAAUAGUGAACGCUUUCGUACUCAACCCGUAACAGCCUGCGAGAUAAAGGACAGCUGCGGAAGGAUGGACGAUGAAAAUCAAGACAACUCACAAAUGGAUGUAAAGACAGAUGACAGAGCCAAGAUGAGUGUAGCUGCCAAGAUGUCUCUGUUUAAAGAGUUGGAGAAGACCGCUUCACCUGAGGCUUCCUCGUUCCUUAAACCUCGCUCCAGUAAUAGUUUCCAUGAGCGCAGAGUUCGCCGUAACAACGAUCCUCGAGCACUCACUCAGCCAAUCACCUUUGAGGAAACAGUGAUGGCAGCGAGUCCACAGUCGCGUGAGGAAGGUGAGGCUGAGCCUGAUGCAGAGGAUGAUGCAGGCACUAAACUGUCGAUGAGUGAGAAACUGGCUCUCUUCAACAAACUGUCUCAGCCCAUGUUGGGUGCUGUGGGGAGUCCCGCAAGAGACAGCAGCCCUCUAGAGGCCUCUGGGAGACGCAGACAGAAGGGUGCACGUUACCGCACACAGCCCAUCACUGUGGAUGAGGUCAAUUUGCUUCAGAAAGGGCCUGUUGAGCUUCCUCGUCUUCAUCUGGCGCCUGACCUCUCUGACCGACAGCAGGCUGAGUCCAUCAAUCUGAAGCCCAGUGAGGUGCGUCUCUCUGGGCUGAGCUCUUCACAGGAGUGGGGUUCCUCCUCCGAACUCACCUCAUCACCCAAUCUGAAGCCUACAUCAGAUAGCAACUCCCAGAAGGCAGUGCAGAUUAAAGGCAUUUUGAAAAAGAGCUCUUCUGAAGGAGUGGUGUGGAGGAGUGAAAGCAGAGAAAGGGAUAACCUGAAUGGACACGGCCUGGAGCAGAUCGGGAGAGAGAGAGAAAUGAUAGAAGAGAGACAUAUGACACCUGCGGAUCAAUCUCCAUCUCCUCUCUCCAGCGCACCCUGGAGGCAGAGGGCAAGGAAGGAAGCCUCUGCAUACUCUGGCAGAACACGGAGAUCUGCCCCUAAGCCUGAGUUAAGUCCAUCUCUAUCAGAAGACCUCCAGUUCACUGAACAGAGCAGAGAAUCAGCCAUCAGUGACAGGCUGACAGCUUUAAAAGCUGAGAAAGAAGAGAAGCAAAAUGCUACAGAGAGCUGCAAUAUCAGUCUAAGCAGUGCACAUCAGGAUGAGAAUCUCACUACAGCUGAGUCAAAUCCCCAAACUCAGUGCUGGGAGCCUGUGUUUUCCUCUGUAUACUCUCAUUCAAGCUCCACACCUCAAUAUGUGAUGUUGUUCAAUGAGAGGAGUCUUUCUUAUGAAGCUCAGGAAGUUUCCACAAGUACUCAAACUCAACCACAGGUGACGGGGAGAGUCAAGGCAAGCUGUGAGGAGGAAGACUCUCCCACACUCUUCACAGAAACACAAACCAUUUGUGCCAGUGAAGUCCAAGAGAGUCAGAUGUUUGGUGCUGAGAUGACCUCUGAACCCUCUGCACUACCAGUGUGUGCGACCACCGGAGGAGACACAGAGCCAGACCUGAGCACUCUCUGUCAGACCAACACGCCAAUUUUGAGCUCAGCUGUAGCCGAGCACAGGCGCUCAGUUCGACCGUCCCGCAGGACCCAGGGUUCGAGGAACCCAUUGCGUGCUCUUGCUGCUCGAGAAGAUAUCCAGCAGGACUUUAUGCAGUCUGAAGAAAACAGCGAAAUGGAGAAUAAUACAGCUAUGAAAAAUUCUAACUGCACCCCGGCCGAUGUCUCUUCCUCUGGAAAAGGGGGCAGACCCACAGUGCCAUACAACAAACUUAUGCUCAUCCAGGUUAAAGGGUGGAGGCAGGUGCAGGUGCGGUUGGUGGAGCCCGGAUCACGCUCUCUUAACAGUGGUGACUGCUUUCUGCUGGUCACACCCUCACACUGCUUCCUCUGGACGGGAAAACUCUCCAACACCAUUGAAAGAGAAAAGGCGUCUGAAAUGGCCUCGGUGAUUGUGACCCAGAGGGAUCUGGGUUGUCAGGCAACAGGUGUUGUUCACCUGGAUGAAGGUGUAAAUACAGACAGCCUGCAGGCAGCAGAGUUCUGGAAACUUCUCGGGGGACAGACUCAGUAUAAAGGUCCAGAGAGUGCUGAUGAUGAUGAGCACUAUGAGAGGGCCAUAUCAGAGUCCAACUGUAUUUACAGGCUGCAGGGGGACAGACUCAGUCCUCAUGAGGAGGGCUGGGCUAUCGUACCGGACCUCAGUCUUCUGAACUCCUCUCAGACUCUGCUGUUUGACUUCGGCAGCGAGCUCUAUUUGUGGCACGGGAAAGAUGUGGGCCCCAGCGAGAGGAAACUGGCCCUUCAGCUGGCUCAGCAGGUUUGGGACGGAGCAUAUGACUACAGCAACUGCAGGAUCAACCCUCUGGACCCCUCUGGUGGCAGUGCCCAUAUUCACAAGCAGGGUAUUGGACGGCCAGACUGGGCACUUUUUGGCCGUGUGUUUGACCAAAACGAGACGAUACUGUUCAAAGAGAAGUUUACAAACUCAUUUGAACAGACGAAUGUGAACAAAAAUAACAUUGUUCCAUCUAUACAAGAGCUCAGUACUGUCUCAGUAAAGUCAUCUCAGUGUCCAGUGUCAGCUGAGCAGUGGUCAUGUGAUGCCAGAGCUCUCUUCGGUGGAGUCUGUCUCUCAGGGGUGUCUCAGAUUGUUCUGGAUGGUGUGGAUGUACGAAGGGGACGGGACACAGUCACUCUGAGUGAUGGCCAGCAGGCGGAGUUACACACUCUUGCAGUGAAAACAUGGCUUAUUUCAGAGGGUGAGGAGUGUGAGGUCUCCCCAGAGAGCUUGGGACAGUUCAGUGAGGGCAGCACAUAUGCUGUAUGCUGGACAUACAGCCUCACAGUCUUAGGAGAUGAAAUGGCAGUAGGUCAGGAACGAUCUGCUCUUUUCAUCUGGAAGGGGCGUCACUCCAGUGUCAGUGGGCGGGACCUGUCAUCAGCACUGACCAAUCAGUGUAGUUCUCAGGUGUUUGUAACAGAAGGGGAGGAGCCGCCCUGUUUUCUGCAGUUGUUCCAGGGAGGAAUGGUCAUUUAUAGACAACAACAAAGCAGAGACACAGGAGGCUGGCGUCUGUUCUGUGUGAGGGGUGACGUCCCAGUGGAGGGCAGUCUGUUGGAGGUACAGUGCUCCUGCUCCAGUCUGAGGUCUCGUGGCUCACUGAUCUUGUUGAACAGCCAGCAGGGGGCGAUCUACCUGUGGCAUGGCUGCAAAGCCCACAGCAAAGCACGUCAGGUGGCCAAGCAGACCGCCCAACGCCUCACACAAAUGUGCCCACCAGAGCUGAGUCUGAGAACUGGCAGCUUUAUGAAUGUCCAGGAAGUGGAGGAAGGGAAAGAGCCUGCAGAUUUCUGGAAUGCUAUUGGACCACAGGACAGGAAGUCAUAUGACUGCAUGCUGCAAGAUCCUGGUAAAUUUAAUUUUACGCCCCGCCUUUAUCACCUGAGUGCCCAAUCAGGAACUUUCAAAGGGGUGGAGCUUAUUAGCCCCUCCCACAUGAGUGGUGUUAUUACUGCAAUGCCCUUCCUCCAGGAUAAGAUGUAUGAUGUGCCACAUCCAGCACUGUUCCUGCUGGAUAACUAUCUGGAGGUGUAUUUAUGGCAAAGUUGUGAAUCUUCAGUCUCACAGCGCCCCCACUGGGACAAAGAGAAGAAGUGUGCAAUGGAGACUGCUUUACAGUACUGCAAAGAGAGGAAUCCUAGACGGCCUCCCAUGGCAUAUCUUAUUGAUGAAGGGGCAGAGCCUCUCACCUUUACUAAUAUAUUCCCUUCGUGGGAGACGAUACUGACACAGGAAGUACAGGACUGCACGGUGCGUAAAAAUCUGACUUUGGUGCAGGAUGCUCUAGCUGCUCUUAAUAAGACCCAGUUCCCCCUUAAGGAUCUUCUAAAGAGACCUUUACCCGAAGGAUCUUUUAAACCUGGAGAACCUGUCUAGGCAUGAUUUCAAGGUUGCUUUGGGAAUGACAUGGAAUGAAUACAACUGUCUUAUCAGAUUUACAAAAAAUGGACCUGAAGAAAAGUAAAGGGCUUUACUGAGUGUCAGCAGCACUGUAAAGCAACGUUUUAAAAGAUGUGUUUGUAAGAUGACAUGUUCCUGACAGCACUCAUGUGUACAGUGUAACUGUGAGUGUGUUCAACAGUGUGUGUCCUUUCGCUCUGCUUCUUUUCAGUCUGCUGCUUUUUAAAUGCCUGGCGUCCAGCGCUCAUUUUGGCCAAAAGCUUUCUACCCAAAGCUAGACAGAACUGAUUCCUCUGACUUUGAGAAAUAACUGUCAUGUUUUUCUUUCCUUCCUCCCCUUUCUCCUCCCUCUUUCUUCAUCUCUCCAUCUGCCUCCUUUCACUACACAAAGCAGCAGGUGUGAGAGGUCUGAUCGUUUCACUGAACUUACAGAUGAAUUUAGUAAUGUUUAUUUGAAAAUAAAAAUGUCAUGACAUCUUUUCACUGUGAAA